GAGCAGUUCAGUGAAGAAGAUCCACACUUUCUCUGCACUCUUCUUCUUCUGCUCCACUCCCUUCUUCUGCUCAACUCAACUCUCUUCUUCUGCUUCCAUGGCUGGUUCAGCUUUUGGAAUAAUGGCUUUUUCUCUAAGUGCUUUUGUGAGUCUUGCAUUGCUGGGUUUGGUCAGCUCAGCAAAAUUUGAUGAGCUUUUCCAGCCAACCUGGGCUUUCGAUCAUUUCACCUACGAGGGAGAGCAAAUUCACAUGAAACUCGACAACUUUUCCGGAGCUGGGUUUCAAUCCAAGAACAAGUACCUGUUUGGAAAAGUGAGCCUUCAGAUUAAACUCAUCGAGGGCGACUCAGCUGGAACUGUCACUGCUUUCUAUAUGUCAUCGGACGGUCCACAACACAAUGAGUUCGACUUCGAGUUUCUGGGGAACACGACAGGGGAACCUUAUUCAGUGCAGACCAAUUUAUACGUUAAUGGCGUGGGAAACAGAGAACAAAGAUUGAACCUUUGGUUCGAUCCCACCACGGAAUUUCAUACCUACUCUAUCUUCUGGAAUCAGCGCCAAGUAGUGUUCCUAGUGGAUGAGACACCCAUUAGAGUCCACACCAACAUGGAAAACAAAGGGGUGCCCUUUCCCAAGGACCAAGCCAUGGGUGUGUACAGUUCAAUUUGGAAUGCAGAUGACUGGGCCACACAGGGUGGUAGGGUCAAGACAGAUUGGUCCCAUGCACCAUUCAUAGCAACCUACAAGGGCUUUGAAAUCAAUGCCUGCGAGUACCCAGUUUCCAUUGCAGCUGCAGAUAAGGCAAAGAAGUGCAUCAGCAAUGGUGACCAGAAGUACUGGUGGGAUGAGCCUACUUUGUCAGAGCUAAGUGUCCACCAGAACCACCAGCUCGUUUGGGUUAAAGCUCACCACAUGGUCUACGACUACUGCACCGAUUCCGCUAGGUUUCCGGUGACUCCCCUCGAGUGCGUGCAUCACCGCCACUAGUUGAUGGUGCGAGCAAUAACAGUCGGGAACGAGAGGGGGGGGGGAGAAAGAAACUUUGUAUAAAAGAAAUCCAGGAGUGGGGGCGGGGGGUUAAAAACUAAAUAAACAUGUGCUUCAUGUUUUGUUCAAUUUAUUUUUUCUUGUGUCUGUUGGUCUUUGUAUGAUAAGGCAUGGUUAUUUUAAUGUGAAAUAUGAAGUUCUUUUUAGC